GCGGCUCUGUAUUGCAGCAGGUAGGGCUGAGCGCUAGGACCCCGGAGAAUCCUUCCAGCAGCAAUCAGGACUACCUUAAACCCAGCCCAAUGCCUCUUCCUGCGCCACUCUGCGUGCUGGAUGGAGAUCCACAGUCAAGAGCUGCAGCUCAGUGCUGGAGUACAACAUUUCACAGGGAGCCCUGCAGAAGCAACACCUGUUUCGAGCCAGCCAAGAAAGACACAAGCACUUGUAUGUUGCUGCUUUGCUUGUGGAUCGUCAAUAAUCCUAAACCAGUGGACAUCUGCUGAGCCUCCUGAGAAUUCUGGAUAAUAGAUUUGGACGCCAAAAGUUUUUUUUUUUCCUUUUUCUUUUUUCCUUUUUUUUUUGGGGGGGGGGAUUUAUCUCAGCCAACAACGUGAGAUUUCCCCCCUCCCCCUUUGCAGGAUUCAUGCUGAUGUAUGCAGUCUGUUAUAGAGUAAAAACAGCGCAUGCCUUUCUGGAGUCAGAAUCCAUAAAUCCUGACGUAGCCUGUGCAUCUUAAAAAAAAAUCCCUAUAACGCCUAGGUAUUUAAGUUGCUAUGGUCAUUCUUAUCUUAAACCAAAUGGAGAAACUACGGAUUUUUUUCUUUAUUACAGUUGGAUGGGCUGAAGACCGUAUUGCUUGCUAAGAGCUGGGGAUAUAUGCAUUUAUAUAGAUAUACACAUCUAUAUGUUUAUAAAUAUGUCAGUGUGUGAGUAUAAAGUGGUGGUUUCGUAGACUAACUGGUUUGACCUUGAACCUGUACCAGUCAAAACAGAAUAUUACUUUUAUUUAUGCAUUUAAUGGAUUGAAGAAAGAACAUUUUCUCUGUAACUGCGCUAGGGAGGGGAGAGGAGUGGAAUAUACCUAAUCUUAUAUCUCCUGGGUUUGGCACCAUCAUUAUUGUUUAUUCUUAUUCUCUAAAAGCAGAAUCUUCUGAUGGCUCCCUUAGGUGAAGUUGGGAACUAUUUCGGUGUGCAGGAUGCAGUACCCUUUGGGAAUGUGCCCGUUUUGCCGGUGGAUAGUCCGGUUUUGUUAAGUGACCACCUGGGUCAGUCUGAGGCAGGUGGGCUACCCAGGGGGCCUGCGGUCACGGACUUGGACCAUUUAAAGGGGAUCCUCAGGCGGAGGCAGCUAUACUGCAGGACUGGAUUUCAUUUAGAAAUCUUCCCCAAUGGUACUAUCCAGGGAACCAGGCAAGACCACAGCAGAUUUGGUAUACUGGAAUUUAUCAGUAUAGCAGUGGGCUUGGUCAGCAUCCGAGGAGUCGACAGUGGACUCUACCUUGGAAUGAAUGAGAAAGGGGAACUGUACGGCUCGGAAAAAUUAACCCAGGAGUGUGUAUUCAGAGAGCAGUUUGAAGAAAACUGGUAUAACACAUAUUCAUCAAAUCUAUAUAAACACGUGGACACUGGAAGACGAUACUACGUUGCGUUAAAUAAAGAUGGGACUCCAAGAGAAGGGACUAGGACUAAACGGCAUCAAAAAUUUACACAUUUUUUACCUAGACCAGUGGACCCUGAGAAAGUACCAGAACUAUAUAAGGAUAUUUUAAGCCAAAGUUGACAAAGACAAUUCCUUCACUUGAGCCCUUAAAAAGUAACCACUAUAAAGGUUUCAUGCGGUGGGUUCUUAUUGAUUAGCUGUGUCAUCACAUCAGCUCCACUGUUGCCAAACUUUGUCGCAUGCAUAAUGUAUGAUGGAGGCUUGGAUGGAACAUGCUGAUUUUGUUCUGCACUUAAAGGUUUGUCCUCCUGGAGGAGAGCCUAUGCCCACUCGCUUGAUUUAGUACGAGAGGGAGCGCGAGAGAGUGAGUGCGAGAGAGAGAGAGAAAGGGAGAGGAUGAAUGGGAGUGAGAGCGUGCGAGAGAGGAGCCAAGGGAAGGAGGAGGAGGAGGAGGAAGGCCUGAUGCAUGCUGGGGAAUAGACACGCUUUUAAAUUUUUGAUCAGUUGUACUUCGUCAUAUAUCAGCAUAGCUGCCAUACUUUGAUUCAUCAGGAUUUUUGGCUGGUGGCCUGCUCAAGUGUACGCUGCAUUUACAAAGGCAUGGAGGGUGCAGUCUUACUUAAACAAGAGACUUUUCAGUUAAUCGCUCUCUGGGUCUUACCCCACUGAGUUUAAAGCAAAGACCUCUUAGUAAAAAAAUAAAAAUAAAAAGUUAAAUUUAUUUAUAGAAAUUCCAAAGGCAACAUUUUAUUUAUUUUAUAUAUUUAUUUAUUAUAUAGAGUUUAUUUUUAAUGAAAUAUGUACAGGCCAGAUAGGCAUUUUGGAAGCUUUAGGCUCUGUAAGCAUUAAAAUGGCAAAGGCCACUAUGAACCUGUGGUAAAUUCAUGCAAGUAAAUAUAAAGGUGCAUGGAUAAAAAAAAAAAAAACCAAUAAAAAGGUAAUAAUAAUAAUAAAUUCUAGUGACCCUCAUGUACUAAAGGCGACAAUCUCUUUUGUGCCCGUAUUAUUGUACAAGUAUGCACACCACUCAUGACACUGAGUCCUCACUCUUCUGACUGCUUGUUUCAUAGCUUACCCCCAGAGGAUUAAAGAGAAAACUGGGUCUUCAACUUUUUUUAUGUGUCUGUAAUAUUUCCUCUCUGAUAAGUGACUUCUUACAUCCUUGUAAACUUCACAGCUGUGGAAAAUAUAGGGGUUGGAAUAUAUUCUACUUGUUAAAACCUAUUGCAGAUUAUACCAAAGCUAAAUGAUAAAUAUGCUUUUUUUUUUUUUUUCCUAAAGCAGAAUGCCAGAAACAACAUAAGUAAUAUCAACAAUUGUACUAAUUUUAAGAUUCCACAAAUAGCACAUAACGGUUUCAGAGGGCAAGAACCAGGUUAACAGGAUCACUCUUGUAAACAUGUUUACUUGUGCACUUGACUAUCUACUAUGAAAUUAUACAAGUUCCAUAGGGGUCAUUGUAACAUCUUUUAUGGAAAAUUGCUUUCAGUGUGAACUGUCAUAAUACAUGAUAUUAGCACCCUUCCUAAAGUAAAACUUGCAAAAUGAAACUAAUAAAUCUCUAUCAAUAAUGACAAUGAGGGGGACAGUAUUAGACUUGGUUUUUUUUUUUUCCUAAAGUAUGUUCAAAUAUUCAUGAACCGUAAGUGAGCUGACAGUAUGUAAUAUUUAAGGGAUUGUAGCAUUUUAUGUUAAGCACGCAAACACGUUGAUUAGCAGUUACCAUUUGGGAAUUAACCCUUAGGAAGAGGCAUUUUUUCCCCAGUACCCUAAAGGAAAAAAAAAAAAAAAGAGAGAAAAAUCAUGUAAGGUCCAUAUGACAAAUGCAUUUUGUAGUUGUUGUAUCCCUUAGGAUUUGAAUCCGGUGCCAUUAUGUUGAGUGUAACCUUUGCCAUGGGAUCUGUUGGGAGCGUGGCUGGUCCUGACACCCCUGGCUGUCCGCAGAGGCACGGAGGCUGAGCACAGACGUACUUUGGAGGAGCUAUACAUAAGUUUGUAGCCUAUUCGUUAUUAAGUAAUUUUUGCUCUGAGGCACUCUUGUCCAUGUGAUAUAUAUUAUUUGAAACGUAAUUCUGUUCUGGAACAACCUCUGGCUUGGUGUCCUGAAUGAACGUGACCUUUCUGUACUCGAGCAGGUAGCAGGGGCCACGUAUCAACCAGCGAUAUCAGCAAUCUUAAAUAAAACGUGGCAUUUUAUUAUAAUUGUUUAUGAAUGAUAAAGAUACAUAAAUUACGUUAGUUGAUUUGUAGGAUGCAGUUAGACAUACUUGUCUAGGGACUGUUAUUGCCUGGGAAUUUACAGCCUUCGACUGCGGCCCACGAGUUUGUUUUUAACCCUUCAGAGCUGCUGAGACCUGCAGGCAGUUUGCAGGUCAACCGGGUGCCGAAUCAUUUGUCCGGGCAGUGCAAAGCCAUGCCGGACCGUAGGAGAAGAAAGCAAGCUUCUGGGGAGGACUAGGGUUCAUUGCUCAGUGUUAAACAGACCAAUCCUACUGCAAGGAGGGGAGGUUACAACUCUCUGCUUUGUCAGUAAACCUGACAUACACCGGGAAAUUAAUCGCAAAGGUUAAAAUUACUAUGAGUUGAGGCCACAAUACUAGGCCAUGGUUUGAGUCUUAAUGUUAAAUUGACUUGGAUUUUUAGUAAUAGGCAAGUCAUUACUACUAGUUAACAUGUUUUAUUUAAUUUAUUUUUUUGUAUUUUUCUAAAGAAAGGAUUAAACCCAAGAAAAAUGUUAUGAGUUUAUGGCAGUCCAUAUAAAUAAACUGUAACCGAUUUACUCGAAUAACCCGUAAUGGUGUGUAAAUACUGACUUUAUGUAAAUAUAGAAACAUGUAAUUCAACAUAGGCAUUAUUGCGAGACUGGAUGGUCCAGGAGUUGGCAGUUUGCUGCUCUCUGCAGGUUCACUGGGUCAAAUUUGGCCUGUUUCGGGUAGUGAACAACAGAUUCUGUUCAGUCACUUGUGUAAAAUGAGUUAUUUCUAUUUGUUUUCUGGCGGGGGAUGGGCAAAACCAUGGUCACCUGGGUGCUGCUUAGCUCCUUUGCCAAUGUGUGAAGGGGUACGGAUGUUCUCCCGCUCCUUACGUGAUCCUGCUAAAACAGGGCUGGAGAGAGCUGACACGGCAAGGCAGGGAGGCUUGCAGUGCCACUCCUCCUGUGCUCUGGACAAACAAAAGUCUUCAUUUUCUAGUGCUGUCAAUCUGGCACCUUUCUGAAGCACUAAAACUCACUUGAAGAAAAAUCUGAGGGAGAAACAAAGGAACAAUUGGUGUUAUUUACUUGAUAUUCUGUAAUGGUGUGUAAAUACAUACAGAAUUCUGUAAUUUGUAUAAAUACAUUGCUAUAGAAUUUUGAAAA